AUGCGCGCGCGCGCGAUCUCGACGAGCGCUUCGAACGCGCGCGUGGGCGACGGAAAUUUUUUCUCGCGUUCGCGCGACGGGCGACGCGCGAAGACGCGCGCGCGCGUCGGUCGCGGGCGCGGUGGGAGACGAAUCGACUUUCUCGAACGUGCGCCCGGAAUGGCGCGACGUGGACGACGACGUGGACGACGCGCGCGGUGGCCGUGCGCGGGGGCGAGCGCGGACGGGGAUGGGACGUCGACGGCGAUCUUUCACUUCGAGCGCGGAUGCGCGUACGGGACGAAAGAGAUGAAGGAUCUGCUCGGGAGCAAAGGGAGCGGAUUGGCGGAGAUGGCGCUCCUCGGACUCAACGUACCGGCGGGAUUCACGAUUAGCGCGGCGUGUAACGAACGGUUCGCCGCGCGUGGGUCGACGUACGUUCAGAGCGAAUUGUGGCCGGACGUUUUGGAGGCGGUGUCGUCGCUGGAGCGAACGGCGAAGCGAACGGUGUUCCGAUCCGGAUGCUCUCUCGUGGGACGCGCGCCGUUGUUACUUUCGGUGCGCUCGGGCGCGGCGGCGUCGAUGCCGGGAAUGAUGGACACGGUCUUGAACCUCGGUUUGAGCGAUGCGUGCGUCGCGGCGUGCGUCGAGGCCGGGUUUGAUGAACGGUGGGUGUACGACUCGUAUCGUCGAUUGCUCGCGAUGUUUGGCGACGUCGUGGAGGGAAUUCCAAAGAUGGAUUUUGAAGUCGCGCUGAGCCAGGCUCGGUCGGCAAACGAAGUUCGAUUCGACAGCGAACUCCCGGCGGAGGCGUUGAAAAAGCUCUGCGAUGAGUACAAGGACAUCUACGUCAAACACGGGAAGACGUUUGAACAAGAUCCGAUGAAUCAACUGUCCAAGAGCAUCCUCGCUGUCUUCUCUUCCUGGAACAAUCCUCGCGCGGUGGAGUAUCGCGAUAUCAAUCGUCUCUCUGGAUUACUCGGCACCGCCGUGAACGUGCAGCAGAUGGUCUUUGGGAACUUCAACGACAAUUCUGGCUCGGGCGUUUGCUUUUCUCGAAAUCCUGCCGAUGGUACGGACAAGGUCUAUGGAGAAUUUCUUCAAAAAGCGCAGGGAGAAGAUGUCGUCUCGGGCGUGCGAACACCAAUGAUGAUCUCCGAUCUCGCCGGAACGCAAGCGAGCGCGGCGGAGGAGCUGAACGAGGUCUGCAAAGAACUUGAAAAAGAUUACAAGGACAUGAUGGACAUCGAGUGGACGAUCGAGGACGGCAACCUGUACAUUUUACAGUGCCGCGUCGGCAAGCGUACGGGGACAGCCGCUGUUCGAAUCGCGACUGAAAUGGCUGCCGAGGGCAUCAUCACUCGAGACGAAGCGUUAAUGCAAGUGAACGCGAAGCAAAUCGAACAGGUGCUGCACCCGGUCUUUGUCAUCGACGAAACGUCGGCCGAGUACAGCGGCAAAAUAGUCGCGAAAGGCAAACCGGCUUCGCCCGGAGCAGCAGUCGGCGCGAUUUGCUUCUCAGCGAAAGAGGCAAAAGAAAUGAAAGCCAAGGGCACGCCCGUGAUUUUAGUGCGUGAGGAAACGUGCGCAGAUGAUAUCGGUGGUAUGUUUGCCGCCGAAGGCAUCCUCACCGCCCGAGGCGGCAUGACGUCACACGCCGCGGUCGUCGCUCGUGGCUGGGGGAAGCCGUGCGUCAGUGGAUGCGGCGAUAUCGUUUUCAAAAACGACCGAGAGAUUCGCUUCGGCUCGAGCGAUAAAACGUUUCGAUCGGGAAAUGUCAUCUCAAUCAAUGGCACCACGGGCGAAGUUCUCAACGCCUCGUUCCCUGUUGCGCCAUCGACGAUCGAGACGUUUUUACCACUGAAGACGUUCAUGCAAUGGGUCGAUCAAAAACGAGGUAUCGAGAUCCGAGCCAACGCCGAUACACCGGAGGAUGCGGACGCGGCGAUUCGCAACGGCGCGAGUGGGAUCGGACUCGUCAGAACUGAGCACAUGUUCUUCUCGACGACGGAUCGAGUGCACGCGAUUCGCGAGUUCAUCAUGGCGCAGGACGAAACGUCUAGCACGAUUGCUCUCGAAAAGCUUGAGAAAUACCACUACGAAGACUUUCGGGGUAUUCUCAAAGCCGCGGCGGGACGAAAGGUGACCGUGCGCUUGAUCGAUCCGCCGCUUCACGAGUUCUUGCCGAGCGAAAAGCAACUUCGCGAGGGAGGCGCGCAAGAAAUGUCGAGAUACAUCGGAAAAUCCACGCACGACAUCAUGGAAAUCGCCGAGAACAUGCGUGAGCACAACCCAAUGCUGGGCCUGCGAGGAUGUCGUCUUGGCAUUCUCCGACCGAGCAUGUCGAAGAUGCAAGUGCGCGCAUUUGCGCAAGCCGCCAUCGAUCUCACCUCGGAAGGCUUCCCAGUGACUCCGUCGAUCAUGGUACCGCUCGUUUCCACAGUGGAUGAGUUUCACAACCAGCGGGACUUGGUGUGGGGCGUGAUGAAGGAAUUGGCGAAGGAGAAUCAGCAGCCACCCAUUCGUAUGGAAAUCGGCGCGAUGAUUGAAACGCCUCGCUGUGCGCUCAUCGCCGGCGACCUCGCGCGCGCCGGCGCCUCUUUCUUCUCGUUCGGUACCAAUGAUCUGACACAGAUGACGUACGGGUUCUCGCGCGACGACAGCGACGCUUUCAUCAAGCCGUACAUCGCUAAAGGGCUCUUGCGCGACGAUCCGUUCGUCACGCUCGAUCCCGUCGCCGUCGCCGAACUCAUGGAUAUCGCAAUCCAUCGCGCGAGAGACAUUCGCAACGACAUCGAGGUCGGCGUUUGCGGCGAGCACGGUGGUGAUCCAGCGUCACUUCGAACGAUCGACGCCCUGGACGUGGACUACGCAUCGUGUUCUCCGAGCCGCGUGCUCGUCGCCCGCCUCGCCGCGGCCCAAGCCGCGUGCUCUCGCAAGGAAAAGGUCAAAACCAAGCCGUUCGCCGUCACCGCCGCGUGA